AUGGAAGAGGAGGACAGCAGCGGCCUCCCCCGCGACCUCCUCCACUCCAUCCUCCGUGAGCUCCUCAAGCACGCCGUCCAACGAAGCGCCUUCCUCCGACGGGGGCGCCAGACUUGGCCUCCUCCCGGUCUCGACUUCACCGACCGAGACUUGGCCUGCGCCAGCACCGCUUCGCUGGCCGCGGCGGCCACGAUGCGUCGCUGCCUUGAGCUCCACGCCGAGCACGGCGCCACUGGACGUGUUCCGUGUGGCGCUCAUGUUGCCGCCCGUGGUCGAGCGACGGCGUUCCGUUCGAUGCGCGGCGGCUGGCGUAGGGGCGCCAGGAGAGUCGAGGUGAAUCGACAUCGACACCGCACACGGGGACGGAGCUCGGUGGAGGCGAAUCCAGGCUCCGGCCCGCUUGCGUGCGGGUUACGAAGGACCGACUCCGACGACGGAAGCGCGGAGUUCGUGGAGCUGCCUGGCGACCUGUUCGUGGCCCGGAACUCGCUGGCGCGCCUCGCGCUCGGCGGGUUCAGCCUCGGCGCCGUCCCGGCCGCUCCGGGCGGGCUCGCUGGUCUCCGCUCGCUCUCCCUCAGCCACGUCGACCUCGCAGGCGAGGCGGUUCGCGACGUCGUGUCCAGCUGCCGGGCGCUGGAGCACCUCAGGCUGAGCAGCUCCGGGUCCUGGAGAGAGUGCGAAUCGAUUAGGAUCGCCAGCGAGACGCUGCGGGUCCUGGAGAUCGUAGGAUGCAUAGACGUGAAGCAGGUCCGGGUCACCGCGCCCGCGCUCGAGUCGAUCGCCUUCCACGACGACGACUUCUUCUGGGAGGACGCCGACGACGUCGUCUUCGACUUCGACGACGACAUGCCGGCUCUGCGGGACGUGUACCUUUCUCGAAUACGCUUCGCCCACGACUCUGACGAGACCGAGUUUGACUCCUUGUUGAGCGACGUCGAGCAUGCCCCGGUUUGGACGCUUUCCUGCGACGGCUGGAAUUUGCGGGUGCGGUUCGAUACGACGAACAUACAGGAGCUGCAACUGCUGAUAGCCUCCGAAGAUGAUUAUGACGACGACCUCGAGGUCUUCGCCGGUUUCUUCCAGGAGAACGAGCUUCCACUCCUGGACCGCUUGUUUCUCCGCUUCCCCGGCCACGUUACAGAUGCAAGCGACGCCGACGCGGCGGCAGCACCGGCCGGCGAGGUCGUCGACGACUCCGAACGCGAGAUCGACGACGAAUUUGUGCUUGACAGCCUCAGCUUCAUCAAGCUGGUGAAUUUCAGAGGGACGAGGUUCGAGCUGCAGCUGCUCGCCUUCUUCCUGAAGAGGGCCCCUGCCCUCAAGCAGCUGGUGCUGGUCACGGGGGGAGAAGAGGGAGGAGCUCCGGGUCCCGGAGAUGAGCACCUGGAGGUCAUCCAAAGGCAGGUGUCGGCGAUGCGGAAGGCAUCCCCACACGCACGUCUCACCGUGUGCGGGCCGUGCCAAGACCGCAGCCAGAAUCCUGUGCACACGAGGCUCUACGACGAAGAGUAA